AUGGCUGACAGACUGUCUGUAGGGUCAUUAAACAAAAUUAAUACGACAUCAGACCCGUCAGAGUUCCCUGCGAACCCAGUUUUACAGGUCUUAACGGUAAAAGAGCUUAAUUCAAACCCAACCUCCGGUGCUCCUAAGCGGUACCGUGUUGUGUUUUCAGACUCUCAAAACUAUGCCCAAUCCAUGUUAAGUACACAGCUAAACCAUCUUGUAAUGGAAAACAAGCUCGUGAAGGGAGCUUUUGUCCAGUUGACCCAGUUCACAGUCAAUGUGAUGAAGGAGCGCAAAAUCCUUAUCGUUCUCGGACUAAACGUUCUGCCUGAACUCGGCAUCAGUGAGAAAAUUGGCAAUCCAGCUGGUCUGGAAACCGUAGAUGUUUUGAAACAACAGCAGCAACAAAACGCAUCGAAACCGCCUUCAGAGUCGUCAAGCACAUCCAGCUUUUACGGUAACCGGCCGCCUCCUAUGAACAAUGCACCUGCUCCGGCGGCUAAACGGAAUGCCGUUCGUGCAGGCGGUGGUCUCAGUACCAUCAUUUAUCCAAUCGAGGGUCUUUCUCCCUAUCAAAACAAGUGGACCAUCCGGGCACGCGUCACAAACAAGUCUGAAAUCAAACACUGGCACAAUCAAAGAGGUGAGGGCAAGUUAUUUAGUGUGAAUUUGUUGGAUGAAAGCGGUGAAAUCCGUGCUACGGGUUUCAAUGAACAAGUGGACGCCUUUUAUGAUAUCCUUCAAGAAGGACAGGUGUAUUUUAUUUCCAAAUGCAGAGUCAAUAUUGCCAAAAAGCAGUUUUCGAAUGUUCAAAACGAGUACGAACUCAUGUUCGAACGUGACACCGAGAUUAAAAAGUCGGAGGAUCAAAACGCUGUUCCUAUGGCUCGUUUUAACUUUGUCACACUUGAAGAAGUGGGCAAAGUUGCAAAAGAUGCCAUAAUCGAUGUCAUCGGUGUCCUUCAAAAUAUCGGACCUGUGCAGCAAAUUACCAGUCGUGCCACUUCUCGUGGUUUUGACAAACGUGACAUUACAAUUGUCGACCAGUCUGGCUUUGAAAUGCGCAUGACGGUUUGGGGAAAGCAGGCAAUAGACUUUAGUGUGCCUGAGGAAAGCAUUAUCGCUUUCAAGGGCGUAAAAGUGAACGACUUUCAAGGUCGGUCGCUGUCUAUGCUGAACAGCAGUACAAUGACGACGGACCCGGAUAUUCCUGAGGCCCACACAUUAAAAGGAUGGUAUGAUGGUCAAGGGCGUGCUCAGGAUUUCAUGAAGCAUUCUUCGGCUGCAACAGUGGGCAGUGGCACAAACCGCACGGCCGAGCGGAAAACGGUGGCCGAGGUGCAAGCACAGCACCUUGGCAUGUCGGAAACACCCGACUACUUUUCUCUAAAAGCUACUGUCGUGUAUAUUCGCAAAAAAAAUAUAUCAUACCCCGCAUGCCCGACCCCCGACUGUAACAAAAAGGUAUUUGACCAGGGCGGCUCCUGGCACUGUGAAAAAUGCAACAAAGACUAUGAGGCUCCUCAUUACCGGUAUAUCAUGACGAUCGCAGCUGGCGAUCACACUGGUCAGCUUUGGCUAAAUGUGUUUGAUGAUGUUGGUCGCAUCUUGAUGGGCAAGACAGCAGACGAGCUGAACGCAAUGCAAGAAAAUGACGAGAACGAAUUCACUUCUGUUAUGUCUGACGCUUCCUAUGUGCCAUACGUGUUUGAAUGUCGUGCAAAGCAAGACAAUUUCAAGGGCGAAGUGCGUGUGCGCUACACUGCUAUGUCGGUGCGUAAUAUCGAUUGGAAGCAAGAGUCCAAAAGACUGGUUGAUCUUAUUAAAUCCGCCUAA